UCAAGACCAUCCUGAUGAAAUUGAGGAAAAUCUUGGAGGGUGACAGAGCAACAAUAACUCCAUAAACUCAAUGAGGUCCUUCAUUCAAUAUAACAUAUAUCAUUCUCAAAGCAUCAGCAGUUGCAGCAUUAGCAGUGAUGUCCACACUUCCAACUCUGAUCUGUCCAAAAUUUAUAUUGUGCAUUGGAUGAGGGGGCAGACUUGUGGUCUCUGUGGAAAAGCUGAUGGAGAGAUUAGACAGGAGUACUGCACACCCAGUGGAUACCUGACCAAGACCUCAGUCAGUUUUGCCCACUCAUGGGUUCUUCCUGCUGAGAGCUGCCGUGAUGCUAACUACUCCAAACUGUACGUUUCUGAAAAUCUGAGCAGCAACUAUGAGAAGACUGAAGAUCUGAAAGAAACUGUAGAAGCUCAUGUGGCCUGUCACUGCAUAGAAACAUGUGUUUAGAAAUCUGAUUAAAUGUUUGUUUCCAGUCACCUCUGUUCUUAUGAUCUAUAUGCUGGUUUCAAAAUUGUGUGUUAAUGUUUCUGAUGGCGUAUCCCAAAACCUUCUUUAUGUUUGUAAUGUAUGCAACAAUAUAUCCAUUAGUUAAGAGAGCAAUAAAUUAUGAGAAUAAGCCAGCAUUUAACAGGUCUCAACAAGAGGUUCCUGAAGCGAAGGAACAGCAUUUGUUUGUGACUUUUUGAUGGCAAACUAAUAUUUAAUAUUAUCUUGAAUAAAACUUUACAGUAAUUUGACUAAAUAAGCAAUACCUAUGAGCCUAUAAUCCAUAGAUCAUUAUAUAAUUAUCCCUCAAAACAUGUUGCAGUUUUGUCAUGCUACUAUGCUAAUAUGAUGGUUAAAUGCUUAUAUGUUAAUUAAUGAAAGACAAAGCACCAAUGAAAAAUCUAUACUAGUCAUUAGCUGCAUGCUACUUUGCAAUCAGUAGCAGAAAUUCUCUGUGAUUCUCUGUGAAAUUCUCCAACAAAUUUAUUUUAAUCAUCGGAACACAAAUUGAGGCCGAAUCCCCAGUGGCUCAAUUCAUUAUUUUUAAAAGUAAAGUUUUUAAAUUAAAUAUUGCAUUGCAAAAAAUUUAAUAAUAUCAAAACACCACAAAUGUGUGACAAUAUUUUGAAUAUAGAAAAUUGUUUGAAUUUCUUAAUGAAAUAAGUGUCAUAAUAUACUGUAUCUCACCUGUCUCUGUGAUGGCACUAGAUAAUG